AUGGAGAAGCAGACCGACGUGAUGGCCAGCGCCUUCACGUCCGGCUAUCCAGUUCGGCAACAGGUCAUCGUUGGCCUGAUCGCUGUCUUAGAAUCCGGCACAUCGAGGGUCACGUCAACCCGGAAGUUGCAGAUGCGCACCGCCCUGCACGCGAUCAUCGGCCAGUGGGUCGAUCUGAGAAACGCUGGGGUUGAGGAGAAGCACGUGUACCACGAGGUCACGUACAGUGCUGUUGGUUGUGAGGAGGCAGAGGACGAUGAGCGCCAGCUUCGCGAUCGGUUGACGAUGCUGGGUGGACAGGAGGAGGCUGCGGGUGCGCAGUCGUCGGCCAUGAGACUGCGUGAUGAUGCCAGUCAGGAAGCGGUUGUGAUUGCGCACAAGGACACCAUCGAUGCCGAAAUCAGGGACAUUGAGUCCCAGCUCAGUCGGAGGAGUCAAGACAUUCGCUUCCGCACGGCUCGCGCUCUGAGUGACAUCCUUGAGGCUGCGCAAUGGGGUAGCUCUUCGGCAGAGGAUGGAAGCAGCAGCGUGGACCUCUCCGGAAGGACGUUGCAGACAGCGAUCGACGGCAUGAAGGCUAUCUGCACGCCAAUCGACGCCCAGCUCGGGAGGGCAGAUUACGGAGUGUCAGGCACUGGGGAUGACGGAGGUCAAGAGGACGAGCAGGAUGGUGGGCAAGAAGAUGGCCAGGAUGGCGACCAGAAUGGCGACCAGAAUGGCGAGCAGGACGAGGAGUCGGAUGCGAGCGUAAAGUCGGUCCAAAGCGUCCGAGACAAACGCUUCGGGAAGAAGCGUCCCGACUACACCGAGGAUGAAGAUGAGAUCCUCAUCAACAUUCACCUCGACAACCCGACGGCCACGUACCAGGUCCAGGCCAACAUGCACAACGCCCACAUGACAAAGAAGUGGGCUCAAGAAGGCCGGGGGUUGUGGCGCGAGCGUACAAGAGCUGCAGUCCAGAAGCGCAUCGCUGGCUUCCGUGAGAAGGGCUUGCUCUGA